CUCGCCGCGGCCGGGCUGCCGCCCCUUCCAUGGGCGCCGCGCUCGCCUGCAGCCGCCGCCGCCGCGGGGCGGGCGCGAUGCCACGAUGGGCCUGAUCUGGCUGCUGCUGCUCAGCCUCCUGGAGCCCGGCUGGCCCGCGGCGGGCCCUGGGGCGCGGUUGCGGCGCGAUGCGGGCGGCCGCGGCGGCGUCUACGAGCACCUCGGCGGGGCGCCCCGGCGCCGCAAGCUCUACUGCGCCACGAAAUAUCACCUCCAGCUGCACCCAAGCGGCCGCGUCAACGGCAGCCUGGAGAACAGCGCCUACAGUAUUCUGGAAAUAACGGCGGUGGAGGUGGGCAUUGUGGCCAUCAGGGGGCUCUUCUCUGGGCGGUACCUGGCCAUGAACAAGAGGGGUCGGCUGUAUGCUUCGGAGCACUACAGCGCCGAGUGCGAGUUUGUGGAGCGGAUCCACGAGCUGGGCUAUAACACGUAUGCGUCACGGCUGUACCGGACGGUGUCCAGUACACCCGGACCCCAGCGGCAGCCCAGCGCGGAGAGACUGUGGUACGUGUCUGUGAACGGCAAGGGUCGGCCACGCAGGGGCUUCAAGACCCGCCGCACUCAGAAGUCCUCCCUGUUCCUGCCCCGAGUGCUGGACCACAGGGACCACGAGAUGGUGCGGCAGCUGCAGGGUGACCUGCCCGGACUCCCUGGUAAGGGGGUCCAGACCCGGCGGCGGCGGCAGAAGCAGAGCCUGGAUGGCCUGGAGCCCUCACACGUUCAGGCCCCGGGACUGGGCUCCCAGCUGGAGGCCAGUGUGCACUAGCUGGGCCUGGUGGCCACCGCCAGAGCUCCUGGCAACGUCUUGGCGUGGCAGCGUCUUGACUCUGACUCUCCUCCUUGAGCAUGUGUCCCCUCGUCCUGCCCCUGCGUCUGGGUUGGCCACUGUUUCCAGAGCCAGCCCAAAUCAGGGUCCCAGGGUCCAGCGGGAACUGAAGAGCGCCCCAGUGGGAGCUCAGAGAGGGCUGCCUGCAGUGCAGGACAUUUGUGGGUCUGUGGUGUGGCCAGAAGCCCGUGGGCAAGGCUCUCAGUGCCAGCCCCGGCAGACCGACAUGUCUCCAGCAGCAACAG